GUGCCGCCGCCGCCGGGCUUUGAGCCCCUGCCGCCCAGGGUCGGGCCGGCGCCGUCGGAAGGCGCAGCUGGAGCCGCGGCGGCCUCGUCGUCCAGGUACAAGACGGAGCUGUGCCGAACCUUCUCCGAGAGCGGCAAGUGCCGCUACGGCUCCAAGUGCCAAUUCGCCCAUGGGCCCGGCGAGCUGCGGCCGGCCAGCCGCCACCCCAAGUACAAGACGGAGCUGUGCCGCAAGCUGUUAAGCCUGGGCUCCUGCCCCUACGGGAGCCGAUGCCACUUCAUCCACUACCCCUCCGACUUCCUGCCCGGCGCCGCAGCUCACCCGCCUCCACUUCGGCAGAGCCUCAGCUUCUCCGGCGUGCCUUCUGCUAGGCGCCGCGGCUCCCCCACUCUGAGCCCCCCAGGGCUGCCGGACCUGCCGUCCCCCUUGGCCUUUUUCUCCCCUCCUUCCUCUCCGCCCCCGCUGGCCACCGCCCCCGGGGACCUCCUUUUCUCGCCUUCCGCCUUCUCGGCUGCCCCUGGCCCGGUGCCCCGGGGAGCCACUGCGGGAGAAACCUGUUGCCCCUCCUGCCGCCAGAGCACGGGCGCCUGGGGGCCCGCAAGGGACGCCCUGGGGCUGGGGCUGAGCCUGGGGCUGGCCCGCAGCCCUUCGGCUCACUCCCUGGGCUCUGAGCCAGACGACCAGGCCAGCAGUGGGGGCAGCAGCCUGGGAGGCUCCGACUCCCCGGUGUUUGAGGUAGCCGUGGGGGGAGCCUUUGCCCCCUCUAACUCUCACCUCCUGGCCCCGGCUCCCACCCGGCGCCUCCCCAUUUUCAACCGGCUCUCCGUGUCCGACUGAACAGUCCUGCCUCCCCAGACUUAACCGAGUGGGGGGGUCAGGAACUUGUCCUUCCUAUUGCCAGCUGUGCCCAGAUGUGGAGUUAGUUUCCUCAUCUACUCUGCCCCCCCCCCCCAACGAGCCCAUUGCCUAAUCUCCUGGGGCGGGUCCCCAAGGGAGUGAGAACUCUGUAGAGGCGCGGGUGGGGGGGGCGCUUUUUUGUUUUGUUUUGUUUUCCUAAAUGUAGCAUACCCAAUCGCGACCCUCAGCGUGGCCCCAGUGUCUUAGUGCAGGCGCGCGCAGACUUCCCUGUGCGUUAAGAUUGUUCUACGCCUUUGGGCCACUCUGUUGGGGGGGUAGGGAUAGGAGGUUACCCCCCCCACCCCUUCAUGCUGUGAACAGGCAGGCUUCCCCAAGUCUCCCCUGGAUGGGGCUUUCCCCAGUCCUGGUGCUCAACCCCACGGAACCAGACCAAAUCCAAAUGUCCCUCCCCCACCCGGGCCCCUUAUUUAUGGUGACGACAUUAUUUAUUCCGCCGGGUUUUGUAGUAUUUAUAUAUGCGGUCCUCCCCCCCUUCUGUCUAAUAUGGGGAGAUCCCGCCACUGUAAUAUAUUUGAAAUAUAUCAUAUA